CACAGUCCGGGUCAGUUCGUCGAACGAUCGUCGCUCCGUGCGGGAGGACGCGUGCGCGAGAGUGUGCCGCUGUGUGAUCACGUGAGAGCAGUGCGGAGGAGAGCAGUUCGAUACCUCGAGUUGAGUUUUCGGUGGUGACUAACCCGCGUCCCGCGCGUCCGCGUUGCGUCUCGCGUUGCGUCGUCGUCGUCGUGGUGCCGUACUCGCGCGGGGAGGCACGGGGCCUCCCGUUUGGAAACAAGUGAAUAAGUGAAAUAUAAUAAUCAUCCACCGGCGGGGCGGAUAUCGCGGGGGUUCAGUGGCGUGCCGAGGGAUAAUGUGCAGGCGUGUCGGCGACGUGCGGGCCGCCGUCGAAGUUCCACGGAGAGACACGAAAGCCGCCGACGGGCGCCAACACGCGUGACAGGUCUGGGAGAAGCUCAAGGAAGAAGCCACCUCCGCCACAAUCGCCGGACAGCGCGGAAGAGGAGGAGGAGGGGGCGGGGGAGGAGGCGGCGGAGGAGGUGGAAGAGGAGGGGGUGGUGGUGGUGGAGGCGCGACGGAGUCCGUAGUGUGGAAAUAGGUAGAAUAGGCAAUGUUGUCAGUCUUCCCGACAACGACGACGGGGACUAUGAGGGUGGCGCGGUCGGUGGUAUCGCGGCCGCGCCGACGAUGUUGGUGUCGCCCGCCGCUGCUGCUGAUUCUGAUCCUCACGCUGUCGCUAUCGUUGCCGAUAGCGGUGCGCACGUCGCCGGCUGACAUAGUCCAGAAAUUCCACGAUCCGGAGGUGGAGCGUAUGAACCAUCUGGUAGUGGACAAGAACACCGGCCGGGUGUACGUAGGCGCGGUUAAUCGUCUCUAUCAGCUGUCGCCGGACUUGCUGCUCGUCGUAAAGGAGGUCACCGGACCGAAGGGCGACUCCACCGCGUGCUCGAUGCUAGACUGCCCCCGUGAGGCGCAAAAGCGGCCGGUCGACAACGUGAACAAGGCCCUGGUGAUCGAUUACACCACCACGCGGCUCAUCUCGUGCGGCAGCCUGUUCCAGGGCAUGUGCACGGUGCGCAAUCUGCACAACAUAUCGGACGUGGUGCAGGAAGUGAAGGAGGCGGUGGUGGCGAACAACGCCACCGCCUCGACGGUAGCGUUUAUCGCGCCCGGCCCGCCAAAUCCACCGGUCUCCCAGGUCAUGUACGUCGGCGUGACCUUCACCGGCAAUUCGCCCUACCGUUCGGAAGUGCCGGCGGUGAGCUCGCGUUCCCUCGACAAGGACAAGAUGCUCAACAUCGCGGAAGCAGCGGUCACGACCGGUACACGCAUGUACGUUAACUCUCUGUCGCGAGAACGUUACCCCAUCAACUACAUCUACGGCUUUAGCAGCGGCGGGUUCAGUUAUUUCCUCACCACGCAGAUGAAAAACACAGAGACGCCGAUCUAUCUGUCGAAACUGGUCCGCGUAUGCCAGGACGACGAGCAUUAUUACUCGUACACUGAGAUACCGAUUAACUGCACCAGCGACGAGCGUACCUACAACCUGGUGCAAGCCGCCUACGUUGGCAAGGCCGGCUCGGUGCUCGCCGGUGACCUGGGCAUCACCGCUCAGGACGAUGUGCUAUUCGCCGUGUUCGCCGAGAGCGACGGGCCCAACAGUGACGUGCCGCGACAACGCUCGGGUCUGUGCGUGUAUUCGCUCAAGGCGAUCCGCCGCAAGUUCAUGAGCAAUAUACAGAGAUGCUUCAGCGGCGAGGGACAGCGGGGCCUGGAGUUCAUCUCGCCGAGCCACAAAUGCAUAUCAACGAAACUGCAAACGAUCGGCGAAGAUUUCUGCGGCCUCGACGUAAACACGCCUUUGGGCGGCGAGGAGCCGAUGGGUGCGACUGCAGUUUUGACAUUCGAAACUCACCUGACGGCUGUGGCGGCCACUUCAACCGGCGAUUACACCGUAGUUUUCGUAGGCACCAAUAAAGGACACCUCAAAAAGGUUGUGGUGGAAAGCUCGACGCUGGCGCUGGAGUACGGCGAUCUCGAGAUCGACCCCGGUUCACCGGUGAAUCCGGAUCUGCUAUUCGAUUCGCAGCUGAUGCAUCUUUACGUGCUGACAGAGAAGAAAGUCUCGAAGGUCAAGGUGCAGGAGUGUUCGGUCUACAAGACCUGCUGGGACUGCCUCGGGGCGAAGGAUCCGUAUUGCGGCUGGUGCUCGUUGGAGAACAAGUGCAACUUGCGCAGUGACUGCCAGGACGCGGCCAAGGAUCCGCUUUACUGGAUCUCUUACAAGAGUGGUAGAUGCACGACGAUCACCACUGUCACGCCGGACCAACUGCAGCGCACCACCGCCAGGACUCUCGAGCUCGUCAUCGAUAACUUGCCGACCCUUAAUGGGCAGUUUUUGUGCGCAUUCUCUGCCCUCGACAAGACAUUGAUUACGAAUGCCUCGCGGAAGUCCUACGGCGUGAACUGCACCACACCGCGUACCGAUUUACUGCCGUCGAUACCGCCGGGCCGGCACCAUUUCACGGCCAAACUGUCCGUACGGAUGACAAACGGCCCCGAUUUGGUGGCGACGAAUUUC